AUGCGUUCUAUGUUCGCACACCCAUGGUGGGCAAUUUAUAACCAGAUAGGUGAGCCUAUGAAGACGUUGGACGAAUGGGUUAUGAUCGAGAUCUGCAACUCCAUCCGUGAAAAAUCGGAUUGGAAAACAAAGUACAAGAAUGAAGAGAUUUCUAGUAAAUGGAAAGCUGAAAUAAAAGAAAGCUUUCAAUCUAAGACUGAGAAUUUGGGAGAAAUUAUUGCUUACGUAUUUAAAGAGUUACAAUGGAUUGAAUACUUGGAGCACACAUUUCCUGGGGUGGAAGCGAAAGAUUUCCAUGUUGGAAUUGAUGAUAGAAUAGUAUACAGUGAUCAGGCCAUUGAUCCGGAAACUAAGUCGGAGCUCGCUAAGGCUGUUGAGCGGUUCUCCAGCAAAGAAUUCAAAGACGGCUAUGAUUACCAUCCAGGAUCGAAUAAUCAGGUCGUAGAUUUGGUUCACCCAUCGUUGUACCCAUUGCAGUACGGAAAGACUCCCGUAUUCACUAACAAGUCUGUUACAAACCCAUGGGAGUUCAACAGUAUGAAACUGGAAGAAAGAAACCGGGAUAGGACAUUAGGAAUUGCUCAAUACGAUGACAGUAUUGCGAAAGUUAAAAAGCUGGUCCAAGAUUUUGGAAUAUCAAAGGCUUUCCAAUGGUUGCCUGCCAAGUUAGCUAUAGACCAUACCCAUAAGUAUUCUUUCAAGUCUUAUAUUAACAAUUUACACCCUAAAAAGUAUGAUGACUUAUAUAGCGUGAUAGCCAAAGUUAUCGAUCUCCUGACACCGGGGAUCAAUCUUUGUCUCUCUAGGUACUCUACUGGUCCAUUUUCACGCAUUCAACUUCCAGCCUAUGAAUCAUGGGCAACCGAAGAAUGGCAAAAGAAAUAUGACGAGAUACAAGAUCCCCCUCCAGACCCAGAAACAGGUGAAGAAGUCGAUCCUGACUGGGAUGCACUUGAAGAGUUUGAAGAGACUAAAAAGGAUAACUUUAGGAAAUUUCCGCCCGUGUGGGAGAAUGAUCCGCCAGUCAAUUACGCUUUCGAUAUAAAGAAUAACUUUGACGAUUUGAAGGUUAUUGUUAAGUUGGCUAAUAUAGAAUUAACCCCUGAAAGACCAAAUUAUAAUGGAGGUUCUUGGCACGUGGAGGGGACGAUCAAUGAAGAUAUUAUUGCUACAUUGAUUUACUACUAUGAUUGUGAAAAUAUCUCUGAACUGAGCUUGUCUUUCAAAACAGCGUAUGAAGAUCCGCAUUAUGAACAAAGUGAUAGUGCUGGAGUGGAGAAAUUCUAUGGCUUGCUGGAUGAGGAUAGUAUGACUAAAGUAAUCGGUAAAAUGGAAACAAAGGAAGAUAGAGUGCUAAUUUUCCCAAAUUGGUUUCAACAUCAUGUCGAUCCAUUUGAGUUGAGCGACAAAACAAAACCAGGACAUCGUAAGAUUUUAUGCCUCUUCAUUGUUGAUCCCUACAAUGAGAAAGUUCUUUCCACCGAUAUGGUUCCUCCGCAACAGAAGGAAUGGUGGACUGAUGGAACUGACCUUAGCAAGUUUGGUUUAAACGAGUUCGUUAAGGAAGAAAUCCUAAAGCUUAAAGCUGAACCAGUGAGCUUGGCCGAAGUAAAAUCUGUUCGUGAUCAACUAAUGAAAGAACGUAGUGUACCUGAAAUUGAUGAACAUGAUUAUACAGAAAUGCCGUUCGAAAGAAAGUUUAGUUUAUGUGAGCAUUAA